UAGAAGUUUCAUUGUUUCAAGGGUUGACCGAGGUCCCCAGGAUCUUAAAAUCCUUUCGACCACAAAUAAAUAAAUAUCAGAACUAAAAAAGCCUGCCAUGUUUUCGUGUCAUUGUCUACGCAGGGCAAUAUCCAGGUGAUCAGAAACAUAGGAUUUUCAAUUACAUGUAUUCCUUCUAUGCAUGCAUGACGGUUAUAUUUAAUGAUAUAAGGUAGUUUGCGAGCAAAACAUUUCCAAAGUGAUAAAAGCGCGAAAGCAGUAUAUUCCGAAUUACAGGGGAACUGAGAGAAAUCAGAAGAUAAGAGAAUUGAGUUGAGUUGAAUUCAAUUGUGAAUGAAUGGCAGAGCAGCAGGAGAUGUUGAUGUCGUUAGGGCAAGCGGUCAUACCCGUAGUUAACAGACUGCAGGACAUAUUUGCGCAGCUGGGAAGCGCCUCCACCAUUGAUUUGCCUCAGGUGGCGGUGGUGGGAAGCCAAAGCAGCGGCAAGUCGAGCGUUCUGGAGGCUCUGGUUGGUCGCGACUUUCUUCCGCGUGGCUCCGAUAUUUGCACUCGCCGCCCCCUUGUCCUUCAGCUCGUUCAAAUUGCCGCCCCCCGGAAAGACAAAGACAACGAAGAUGCCCUCGCCCACGAAUGGGGUGAAUUUCUUCAUCUCCCCGGCAAGCGUUUUUUUGAUUUCGCCACCAUUCGGUCGGAGAUUCAGGCUGAGACAGAGAGAGAAGUUGGAAUCAACAAGGGUGUAUCUGAUAAGCAAAUCCGGCUGAAAAUAUAUUCACCACAUGUCCUCAAUAUAACCUUGGUUGACUUACCCGGUAUAACAAGGGUUCCGGUGGGCGAUCAACCUUCUGAUAUUGAAGCUAGAAUCAGAACAAUGAUUCUGUCCUAUAUUAGGCAUGAAACUUGCAUUAUACUAGCUGUUUCUCCUGCAAACUCUGAUUUGGCAAAUUCAGAUGCACUUCAGAUGGCAAGAAUGGCUGACCCUGAUGGGUCUCGGACAAUAGGUGUGAUAACAAAGCUGGAUAUUAUGGAUAGGGGAACUGAUGCUCGGAAUUUUCUUCUUGGAAAUGUUAUUCCACUUCGACUUGGCUAUAUAGGGAUUGUUAAUCGAAGCCAAGAGGACAUUAUUGCAAACAGAAGUAUUCGAGAUGCACUUGUUUAUGAGGAAAGCUUUUUCCGCAGUCGCCCGGUGUACCAUAGCUUAGCCGAUCGUUGUGGUGUUCCCCAACUAGCAAAAAAGUUGAAUCAGAUACUAGUGCACCAUAUCAGGGCUAUCUUGCCAGAAUUAAAAGCCCGAAUAAAUGUCCAAAUGGUUAGUGUGGUGAAUGAGCUUUCCACCUAUGGCGAGAUCGUAGAUUCUAAAGAUGGCCAAGGAACUUUGUUGCUAAGCAUUCUUACAAAGUACACAGAUGCAUUUACCUCAAUUGUAGACGGCAAAAAUGAAGACAUGUCAACAGCAGAGUUGUCAGGAGGAGCACGACUUCAUUAUAUAUUUCAAUCAAUUUUUGUUAAGAGCUUAGAGGAAGUGGAUCCUUGUGAAGAUUUAACUGACGAGGAUAUUAGAACAGCUAUUCAAAAUGCCACUGGAGCAAAAAAUGCUCUGUUUGUUCCUGAGAUCCCCUUUGAGGUUCUUGUACGGAAACAAAUUGCUCGUUUAUUAGAUCCAAGUCUUCAAUGUGCCCGGUUUAUUUAUGAUGAGUUAGUUAAGAUAGCACAUCAUUGUGGGACUGUAGAUCUGCAGCGGUUUCCUGUUUUACAAAAACAUAUUGAAGAAGUUGUAGGGGGCUUUUUACGUAAAGGUUUACGUCCUGCCGAGACUAUGGUUGGGCACAUAAUUGAAAUGGAGGUACUGAGAAAAAGACAGCUAAUUUGUCUUUACUUAUUAUUUGGAAGCAAAGCAGUGGAAGCUGCAUUACAGCAACACAGGUCUUCCAAGGAAACUUCUGAUUCUGAUAGGGUACCAGGUAGUGAAAAAAUUCAGAAGUCACGGGCAUUACUUCCAAAGUCAAAUACCUCCAGAGCUGCUUCUGAUCAGACGGUUACACGACCAGUUGCACACCAUGAAAAACCUGUGGCACCUGGAAAUGCAUCUGGUGGAAGUUGGGGUAUUUCUUCAAUUUUUGGAACUAGUGAGUCUCGUGCUCCCACUAAAGAGAAUUCAGUGAACAAGACAUAUAAUGACCCUGUUCGUAGUAUAGAUCCCAUGUUUUCCAAAAUUCAAUUGAAGGAACCACCUGCCAUAUUGAGACUUACUGAAGCACAAACAGAUGAUGAGCUUGUUGAAAUAACUGUAACAAAAUUACUUGUGAGGUCAUAUUACAAUAUUGUUAGAAAAAACAUCCAGGAUGCUGUACCUAAAGCUAUCAUGCACUUUCUGGUACAAAAGACAAAACGAGAAUUGCAUAGUGUCUUUAUCCUUAAGCUAUACAGCGAAAAGAAUUUUGAAGAUCUUUUGCAAGAGAAGGAAGAUAUAGCAAUUAAGAGGAAACGCUGCAAGGACAUCCUGAGGGUCCUAGAGCAAGCAGCACGGACAUUGGAUGAGUUACCUCUUGACUCUGACGUACCAUCAAAGAAUUCAAGUUCAACAGUUGACGCAACAGGCUUGCCUAGGGCACAAGGAUUUCAACCAUCAAUGUUUGCAAUUGCAAGUGAUGAAUAUGGUGUCUUUGGACCUCAGUCUUCCAAUAUUCCCUAUUUGGGCACAACAAAGAAUGCAAAAUCUCGGAAAUCUUCUAAUUCGGGCGAGCAACCGUCUUUUGUUCCACUUAAGCAUUUUGGCUAAGGGUGGAUGACAUCACUUUCUAUUCUGGACCAGGUUAUACCACUGCCAAUCUGUUAGCCUUCCAAAAAUUUGUUAUCAAGUAGUUCUAGUUAAUAUUGAAUUCAUGUCUAGUUGACAUUAUUAAGAUAUAGAUUCAAAGCUCUCGCGAUCUGGUUCAGUAAUAUAGAUGGCUGAUUAAUUUCAAGAUGUUAAUGUUUAUCUUUUGCUCACGGUUAUUUUUCGACGUGCAUUGGCCCUCCUUUGUAUUGGUUAAGAUGAAUAGAAAUUUGAAAUACAAAUAAGCACAGUUGUUAUUUUGUGAUCCA